CUUGAGUCCCUGGUCAGGAUUGAACUUGUAACCUUCUGGUUACAGGGCGGCAGUUUUACCACUGCGCCACCAGGGGCUCUUAAGUCAGGCAGUCAGGCCUUCAUGUACUUUCAUUUGGUUGUGAUUACAAAUCACACACACACCCCUAAUUUGCAACAACAAAAAUGUCUCAAGGCAUCUUAGAUAGCAAAAGGAAAAUGAAAACAAUUCCUAUCCCAGAAGGCUGCCUUCUCUAAAAAGAAGCCCAAGGGAGACAUUAACAAGAUCCUCUGGGAAGGUUGCGAUGCUAAACUGAAUAGGCACACUUGCUCUCCACUCAUGAAAAAUAGGACCGUCUCCCCUUUAAAAAAUGUGCCCCUUUUACAGAUAGCAGUUAGCAGGGCAGUUGGCAACAUUCUUACCUAUUACCAGCUCAGAACUCUACAGAGGGGUUGCCGUGGCGCCCAGCUCAAACGCUCACAGGUCUUCCUUCAGGCGAGGAAGGCAGCUUGAAGACCUGGAUCUUUGCACGCUACGGUCUUGAGCCAUACAUACUGGUACAUGCUACAGUACUUGGCAGAUACAUUAAAUCUGCAGUUUCCAAGAUGGGCGACGUCGUAAUCAAUACCGUAGUAUCAACUGGUGCAGAAUUAAAAAUUAAGAAAUGCCUGGCUGAGGUCAGCUUCUUUCAACUUUGUGCCUUUUUCCUGAGCCUUAGUGGAUGGCUUAUGUGUAUGACAUCCGCAAUCCUUGUCCAGUGGAGAGUGUGGCACGUUAGUAACCACUAUGGUGGAACCAGCAUUGCUUGGAUUGGGAUUUGGGAGACCUGCCGUGUCGAUGAAGAUCCGUCUAUUGUUGAUGAGCAAAAUCUCAUGAACUGUACAGAACUCAGCAACCUACACACCUUCCUCCCCAGUGAGAUUAUAGCUGCCCAGAAUCUCAUGGUACUCGCUACCAUUGCGGGGGCAGUGCAAACAGGCUUUCUCUCUGUGGCCUUCUUAAAUAUAUAUAAGAAGCAAAAACAGAGAAAACAUGUUUCCAACCUUUUUUUGAUUGCAGGCCUUCUAAAUUUAUCAUCAGGAAUAGGUGUCUUCAUUCCAAUUGUUUGGAAUAUGGUUUCUGUCUUGUCAGAAGCACCAAUUUUCUUCCCUGAAGAUUUCCAUUUACCACAUCAACCAGAAUACCAAUAUGUUGGAGCUGCGCUUCCGAUUGGGCUGAUUUCUGCUAUUUUCCAGAUCUUGAGCGGAUGUUUUAUUCUGUGCAAUAACCAUUUGGCAGUCAAGAAAAUGUCAGCACUGGCAACAGAGGCAUCUGCAAGGGCAAGUGAAACCACUCUUUGUCAAAAGUGUUCAUUGUCCUUAGUGCCUAAAACCCCAAAGCCAGAGGAAUCUGCUUCUGUGACCAUCGAGAGCCCAUUGGACGUGCAACACAUUGAAAACCCAUCUGUGAUUCUCCAGAUGGAUAACUUCUCUGAAGACAUGACCAAUCCCAGGGAGCCUGUUCCAUCACUGCCCGAAAGUCACAUUGUAUUGGUGACUCCAUACACUGAACCAACAGUUGGUGAUGAAUCUAAAUAAUCAGAUUCUAAACACACCAGGACAUGAGCUGUAUACAUUUGAAAGUUAUAGAAACCUUUGAAAGGGACAGUGGGUCUGUUUAUGUUGCAGGAAUAUUUGUUUGUUUGUUUGUUUGUUUGUUUAUUGCUGUAGGGGUUGUUUUUAUACUUUGGGGAUAACUUUUGUGCUGUUAACAAUAAUGGCUGUUUUCAUGGUAUAGGCUACUAUUAUCUUUGAUAGUUUUAUGUUUCUCACCUUUUAUUAAAAAUAUCCAGCUAUUUUAAUCACA